AUGGCGUCCUCAAGCUCUCCCUGCGCAGCUUGCAAAUUCUUGAGAAGAAAAUGCACUCAAGAAUGCGUGUUCGCUCCAUAUUUCCCGCCAGACCAACCUCAAAAGUUCGCAUUCGUUCACAAAAUCUUCGGUGCAAGUAACGUCGCUAAGCUUCUCAACGAGCUCGUCUCCAGCCAGAGAGAAGACGCCGUUAACUCUCUUUUCUACGAAGCCGAAGCUCGACUCCGAGAUCCGGUUUACGGCUGCGUCGGUUUAAUCUCGAUCUUGCAACACCGUCUUAAACAGCUUCAACACGAUCUUGAGAACGCCAAGAAAGAGCUCGCUACUUACAUCGGUCCUCAAGCUCUGCUUCCUAUGCUCCAACCGCAGCAACCGCAACCGCAUUUCAUGUCUCUACCGUCUCAACCGCAGCGACCGUCUUCUUCUUCUUCAGCGUCUGUGCUGACUCAGCAGCAACAACAUCAUCAUAAUCUGUUGCCAAUGAUGGGUAUUCCAACUGGACAACUCUACCAUCAACAGCAACAACAACAACAGCAACAGAUUUUCGAGGCUCAGCAAUUAGCAGCGGUUGCGAGAGAGCAACAUAAUGAGAUGUUUAGAGCUUACGGAGGUGGCGGAGGAGGAGCAAGUAAUCAUCAAAACCAACCUCAAGUUGAGAUUAUGAGGUUUAAUAAUAAUGGUUUUGACUCUGUACCGACCGGUUCGGUUACGGUAACCGGGUUUAAUCAGUUGAGCUCCGGCGGUACAACCGUAACUGGCAUGUCACCGUCUCUGGCUCUUGGUGGUAACUUUGUUGAAAGUCCUCCGACGAAUGAAAACUAUCACACGGAUCAUCAGCAGUUACAUCAUCAUCAACAACAUCAUGAGGCUAAUUUUCUCAUACAUACACAGUCUUCUCAACCGCUACCGCUUCAAACGCACGAGACUCAGACGCAGCCGAAUUCAGAGAGCGAGGAUGGUAGAAGGAGUAUCAUUGGUUCAUCUCGGUAA